GGGGACUUUUAAGUUGCUUUUUUAUAAAAACGAGCAUGCGCAGAGCACUUUCUAGAAUCGUGUAAACACUUCAGACUUUUUGAUGUUGAUGUCCUGUGUUUGCUGCUCAGUUAUCAAUAUCGAUUCAUACUUUACAUCAUGCAGUUGUUUGUUCGUGGCCAGACUUUGCACUCUGUUCAUCUGAAUGGAUCAGAGACUGUCGCCCAUAUCAAGGCUCAGAUUGAAGCUUUGGAGGGUCUGACCUGUGAUGAUCAGAUCAUUUCACACUGCGGGAUUCCCCUUCAGGAUGAGACACUGAUUUGUCAGUCUGGUAUUGAGGAGUUUAACACUCUUGAGGUCUCAUCAAGGCUCUUGGGAGGCAAAGUCCACGGUUCGCUGGCUAGAGCAGGAAAGGUCAGAGGACAAACUCCCAAGGUGGACAAGCAGGAAAAGAAAAAGAAAAAGACCGGCAGGGCAAAGAGAAGAAUUCAGUACAAUCGGCGCUUUGUCAAUGUUGUCCCAACAUUUGGCAAAAAGAAAGGACCAAAUGCCAACUCUUAAUUUGCUCUUCAAAACGAAUAUCUAUAUUCACUGCAUUCCUGGGCAGUUCACUUUGCCUGAUCAUUUAAUGACUUUUUGAUGGGGAAAAUUGUAAUUUAAAAGCCAACUGAUUCAUAAAAUUAACUAAUUUGUGCCCUUUAUAUGCUGAAACGAUGUUUUGUACAAGUAUAGUUAAAUACAGUAUUUGAUUAUAGAAAUGUAAUAUAUAAUGACAGUAUGAUUCACCGGGAUCUUUUUAUGUCAGUGGCAAGAAGAAAAAUUACUGUAAGUUGCAAAUAAAAACAUUUAAUGAAAAA